CAGAGCAAUCGAAUACUCUCGUUUUAUCUAACUCGGAUCUUCAAAAUUUUAGUUUAACUUGUUAAAGUUCCAUGUGACCGCGUGUCACAUACUAGUAGACGUGGUACGUGGGGCGUAUACCGUGAAUAGGUCAAAAAUGGACCGCCCAAGUACGAGCCACCAGUCGGUGGAGAAGAUAGAAGUGUUUGAAGUUAGGGAACAUGUGCCUUAUAAGGCCGAAGUCACAAGGGCGCCAGCGGCGUAUGAUGAGGAAAGUGGGGAACUUUAUACUUCAUCUUGGGACUCCGCGUGGACUGCCAUCUGCCAGCUCGUGAACUUACUGCACCAUAUGCAAGUAGCAAUAGUGGUGUACUGCUUGUGGCAAUUUGCUUUGACGUCGGCGGCGAACGGCGAAAUCAGCAGUUUGGAACUGCAUAUAAUUUUCGCUGGAACUGGGUACCAAUUAUUUUUGGUAGAAGCCGUGCUGACCCUGCAUCCGCACAACUCCUGGUCAUUCCAGUUGUCCAGGGAUUCCAAACGCAUUGUCCACGGGUGCCUGCAGCUCAUCGGAGCCUUAUUCGUGCUGACAGGUUCCUUCUUGGGCUUAUCAGGAUCUGAGAUGACCAUAACUGGUGCUCAUGGCAUUUGUGGUGUGAUAGCGUUAGCCUUCACUCUACUGAGCUUUAUAUCAGGAGUCAUAGCACUUUUCUCAUCAAAAGUGCGCUUGUUCCUGAAAGCCAGGCCAGUGAAGAUCCUUCACGUAGCUGUGGGCUUAUUUGCCAUCUGUAUGGGCCUUAUUACCAUGGCAAUAGGGUUCAAUAAGCCUUAUUUCACGAAUAAUCGAGAGAAGCUAUCUACAGCUCUAAUGGUGUUUGUUGUAAUGAUUAUGUUUUAUGUAGUAAUUCAGCCUGUUACUAACUUAAUCAAGACCACCAAAGAAGCUCUCUGACUAAUAAACUUAGAAGGGUCUACUGAUGGCGACAGCACUGCAUAAAUAUUUUUAAUUUUAAUACCUAAGAUAUAAUACAUAAGUUACAUAGGUAUAAUAAGGAAAAAUUAUUCGGUAACAAUGUUUCAAAAUUGUAUAACUUUAACUUUUAAUUCACAACAGUUAUUUAUAGUUAUAUAAUUGUUAUCCCAACUACUGACAAAUAAUGUGGUGUAGUUAAUAUUUCGAAACACAUAUUUUAUUUCAUCAUUAUUUACAAUCGAGAAACUUUUUAAUGAAUAAAAUAUUAUUCGUUUAAAAAUUUAUGUAGGUACCAUUGCAAUAAAUCAGCACUAUACGUUAUAGUUUGAAUUAGCAUAUUUGAUAAUAUACCUACAUCAUUGUUGUUCAUGACAUGAUAUGUUUUCAAAGGGCAUCAUUACCGAAUUCGUUGACAUUUUUGUACAUUUUUUCUUAUUAAUUUAUGUUAGAUAUUAAUAUUGUUUUGGUAUAAAAGAGUAUGUACCUACUGUAUGAUCGCAAUAAAGAUUUUUAUGCGUAAAAAUAUUGUUACGUAUAGAAAUUCCUGUAAAAUUUUUGGUAUUCAGGUCCACGAAUAUAGUCUUUGCAUAGUCCUAAUGGGCAAAGUCCUAUAUAUUUUAUUCUGUAUAUUCUGUAUUAAUUGCAGCUACUAAUACUGAGUUAUCAGUAGUUUUUUUAAUUUUUUUUGUUAUUAUACAAAAAUAAUAAUUGAUAAGUAAGUGUUUUUUGCUUAUAAGUACUUGUAUUGUUAUUGUAGUUACUAUAAUAAUAUUAAGUAAUGCUAUGACCUUAUUACCUACCUGUAUGUGUAUGAGUGAUAAUGUUAUAAUGCUAAGGAUGUUUUCGUAUUAAACAGAUUUAUUAAUUUCCUUUUA